AUGGAGCAUGCAUGCAGAACUAAAAAAUUGAGCUCUUUAUUCCAACGUCAACAAACCAAUGAUUUAAAAAUUACAAUAAUUUUUUUUAUUUAUCUGAAAAUUUAAUGCCAAAUUUCAAUCAUGAUGAGUCGAAGACCUCGUCAGCAACAACAACAACAAUAUUAUAAAAAUUCACAACAGUCAAAUAAUAAUAGAAGAAGACAAAUUUAUGACAAUCAGCAACAAUCGUAUAAUGAUCAUGAUAAUCGAACAAGCGUUCACGUUCGAUUGGGUCCAAGACGGCGAAAUUUACGCGGUUCAAGUGGCGGUAAUUAUAAUCAAACAUCCCAUAAUCGUUCUCAAAAUUAUAAUAAUAAAGAUGCAAAUAAUCGACGAAGCGAUGACGAUUUUUUCAAAGUCACCAUUCCUAAUGGUCAUAAAUAUGAACAAUCAUAUAUCAAACAAUUACUCAAAGAAAAUUUAGAUGAUAUGGAUGAUGAAAUAAUCUUUUAUAAUUAUCAUAUUGGACAAAAUAAUUGUUCUUUUCAUGUCAAUGGUCAAGACAAAGCUGAUACGUUGCGUGGCCUGAGUAGACGGAUAAAAACAAAAAGUGGUCAUAAUUUGAUCAUAUUAACACAAAGAACGCCCCCUCCAGUAAUACAAAUGAACGAUCAAUUCCUUGAAUUCAUUAAAAUUGCAAUGAGUUCACAAUAUGAUCAUCAAACCAAUAUAAUGGAUUUGAGCCGAUUUCGUCAUUGUAAACAUCUCAAAAAUCAAGGUUUAUUCAUCAUGUUAAAUCGCCCCAAUGUUCUUGCCAACAUCAUUCGAUUGAUUAAUGAAAAUGCUCCCAAUACCAUCGCCAUUAAUCUCAGUGAUAAUAAAAUACAAAUCUUGGAACCAUUGAAGAAUUUGUCAGCUCUUAAACAAUUGAAAGCGUUGAAUUUGUCAAAAAACAAUAUAAGCAAUUUUGAACAAUUGGACCAUAUAAAACAUCUUGACCUCAUGGAAUUGGAUUUAGAAGAGAAUCCAUUAAUCAGCAAUUACCCAAGUAGUGCAUCAUAUGUCAGCGCCAUACGGAAGAUAUUUAGCAACUUGAAAACAUUGGACAAAGAAGCAUUACCAAAUCAAAUUGGUUUCGACUUGGCUGUUGCUGAAAACAUACCGGAAACAAAGGGUUCAUUCAUUCCAGACGAAAGCUUGAAAACUUUUAUUACUGGUUUUUUAAAAGAAUAUUUUCGAAUGUAUGACUCGGAUUCACGACAACAAUUGAUGGUCGCAUACCAUGAUUCAGCAACGUUCACUAUAAGUAUUGCUUCAAACAAUUCCAUGUAUAAGCCAAAUGAGCUUAUAAUGAAAGAUUCACAUAAUCUCCUAAAGUUGCGCGACGAAAGUCAGUGGGUGAAAUUGGUCAAGAAUUCGAAUGUAGACAUUGUUUCAUUUAUGAACAAAUUGCCCAUUACAAAACAUCAUCUGGAAACGUUUCACGUUGAUAUACCAUUUUUUAGCAAAGAAUUCAUCAAUGUCGUCGUUAAUGGACUAUUACAAGAGACUUUUAAAACGCAAAGUUCAUUCAGGUCGUUUUGUAGAACUUUCUUUUUGGUUCCACAUAACAAUGGAUUCGUGAUACUGAAUGAAAUGUUACUGAUAGCCACUCCUUCGAUAAAACAAAUUAACGAAUACAAACAAUUGAUUGACAAGGAAGCAUCAUCUUCUAGUAAAGAUAAUCAUGUGAAAAAUUUUGAUUUUAAGCCUUCAGAUUUGAUGGUUACCACAAAUCUUAUUACAAAUCAAUCAACUGUCACAUUUGGUUCAUCAGCAUCUAAAUUACCAGUCACUGUUACUGAUCAACGUGAAGAAAUUAUUCAAAAAUUUAAACAAGAAACGAAAAUGAAUCGACAAUUUUCUAUACAAUGUCUUGAAGAGAAUGGUUUUAAUCCUGCUGUUGCAUACGACGUUUUUCUCAAACUCAAACAGGCAAAUGCAUUGCCCCCAGAAGCAUUUAUAGAUUGAAUUUGAAAUCAAUACAAAAUUAUUA